GCAUCUAGAGGAAAGAGACGAAGAAGAAGGAAUCUCCGAUGGCUGAUCCUGAACUAGAAGCUAUUAGACAGAGGAGAAUGCAAGAGCUGAUGGCUCGACAAGGCGUGGGCAAUCAGCAGAAUCCAGAGCAAGAGAAACAGCAGGAAGAUGCUAGAAGGGAAGCUGAUGAACGUAGGCAAAUGAUGCUUAGUCAAGUAUUGUCUUCUCAAGCCCGAGAGAGAAUUGCUCGAAUUGCCCUGGUGAAACCUGAGAAAGCUAGAGGUGUGGAGGAUGUUAUUUUGAGGGCUGCUCAGAUGGGACAGAUAGUUGAGAAGGUUUCUGAGGAACGACUUAUAACACUGUUGGAACAAAUAAACAGCCAAACUACCAAACAAACGAAAGUCACGUACCAACGGCGCCGUGGGGUGGACGACGAUUAGGAAGGAAGAAGAAUAUUAUGCUGUGCUUUAUAGAUCUAUGGAGAUCUCACUGUUGAGUAAGUGAGUUCACUUAAGAUCUACUUAAAUGUUUCUGUUAAAUAUGUUUAUUGUGAGUGAAUCUUGAUUAUCUUUCCAAAUGCUUCGGAUGAGAUUAAAGUAAUCUGAAACUG